GCCUCCAUCAACGCCCCUAGCAACAAGGACGCCAUCCUCGCCCGUAUCGCUCGCGCAAAACAGUACAAGCAGUCAUCCGUGAGCCCAGGCACGGGCGGAACCGCGGGAACAUCAUCUCCAUCCUCGAUCGGUGCAGCGCCUGCUGACAGCCCCUCCUUAACGCUGUCCGCCCCUUCCGCAGCUGAACGUGCGACCGCACUGCCCCGCCUGGGUCCUAGCAAGGUGGACUGGGGGGCAGUGGUGGGGUUCCUGGACGACCCAUCCUCAGCACCACCGCCCCCAUCCGCCUCACAACAAGUACGACAACAGCAGCAGCUGCAGCCCUACCUCACCCCCCCAGUGCUAGGAUCUCCUCCGUACGGCAGCAGCGAUGCUGCGGCUGCUGCUGCUGCCCCGGCGGAGUCCGCCGCUGCGGCUGAGGCCGCUGCUCGUGAGGAGCGCGCGCGCCGCUUCCUGUCCCCUCCCGCCUCCAAGGACUACCUCUCCAUGCUGCUCAACAGCCCCCGCAGCAACCCCGCAGCAGGCAGCGCCACUCGCC